GGAUACACUUCGGACAUAGCGGAGGUGGUAUGCAUGCUGGCAGUUCGGCAGGCGCUGAACAUAGGCCUGGGGACUCGAUUAGCGGUACUGCUGCUGUGGUAGUAGCCAUACGCCGCCAGUUGGUGCAAGUCACAUAGCCGCAGUCUUGAUGCCAGCAUGUGAUUACUGGGCGGGGAGUUAAUGUUUGGUGGCACUGCAGCUGAGGAGGGGGGCGGUAAACAUUAAGUAAUAUAUCAUAUAGCUCGAAGCGGCAAAUGAAUCACAGUGCGCAGAUGUAAAACGGGGGAAAAAAGUGGCGGACGAAUUUGCUGCGAGUGGUCCAAGAUACACAUCAAAGCGGAAAAAAGUGACGGGAAUCAACGGAUAUUUUUUCCCGAUUCCGGUCAAAGGAGAUUCCGGUCUCUUUCCUCAGCUCCUUGAGUAGCCUUACCCCUAAGGAGUGGACUUAGGAUGCAGGAUAAGUUGUUCCAGCCCUGGUUAUAGAUGGGACAAUUCAUGUGAGGAAUAGUCAAUCUCCCCUACAGGGUGCAAAUACCUUUUCUGGAUACCUGUGGACUAAGGUUAUCUUGAGUGGAAUGUCUUCAUUAAGUGAGGCACUUGUGAUUUAACCUCUUAAUAAUGUUUAACGCAUGGAGAGUUCAUGUGUGAAUCCUGAAAUGCCAGUCUUGCUAUUGGGAAUCAAUCGGCGCUGAUAUAAAUUGAUCUUCUGUGGAUACUCCUCUACAGCUGUGAUUGUGCUUUUUCUUCAGGAGGUUGAUCAAACGGGAUUACGUUCGUGAAUAGGAUAUACUUUUUAUUAAUUAAUUAUAAAUUCAAAGUCACUGGAGCUUGUGUAUGAAGCACUAAGUUAUUGGGGUAGAAAAUCGAAAUAAGGCACCGCAGGAGUUGUGUAAUGUCUUCGAUUCUUUUCACUAAGAGUGGUUUCAGGUUUUCAAAUCUAAAAUCCUCUAAGUGUAUUUCUGUCUCAUUAUUCCCUGGUAAAGCAGCGUAGGAGACAGUUGCAAUCAAAGAAUCAGUCUUGGAGAAAAUCAAAAUUCCUAUAUUGACCUGUUUGGAGUUUUUAAUACCGCUGGAACAGUAUUUCAUUGUUUGCAGCUGUGUUUUAUUCCAUUCGAUCAUCUGAAGAUCAGACUUUUGUCUUUGGUAAUUGAUGAAAAAUCUGGCUGAAUUCGAUUGAGUUCUUACUCAGUUUAUUGGAUUUGGUACAAUCGCCAAGGAUAGAGCCUUCUAGUGUUUUGGAUACAUCUAACAAGACCCCAGGAGAAAUUGAUCGCCUGGAAUCGUUGGUGUGUGCUCCCUUUAAAUUGAUAAAGUUCGAUAGGAGAUGUGCACUAAGGGAAGCCCAUGCUAAACCAUCGGAUUACAGAUGCUGUGGAAUUACGCUAUGCGUGACUCCGCAUUUUCCCGGUGAGAAACAUAACGGAAUGAUAUUCCUCUCUUUGCAAAGGCAGAACAAAAAGACGACGCUAGAUAAAGAGACGGUGCUAAAUGGAUGCUUGAAAACAAACGGGAAGCACGGCUCUGUUGGAUAAACUGUGCCCGAAUCUAAAGGAAUACGCUGGUAUUGUUAUAUCAAGAGGCUUCUUUGCAAGGAAAUAGUUCAUUUACAGGCGCAAACGUCCAGAACGGAACGCUAUUUUACACACAUCCCCCGUGGAAGCUUUUCAUGGAAAGCAUGGAUGCCUUAGUAUGUUGUGAGUAGAUCAAUAAUCUACAAUCGAGACGGGUUUGUCACUGCAGUUGUAUACAUGCGCAAGUUCUUUGAAUCCUGGUAGCAGGAUAUUACGAACCAAUAGAACGGGUGAAUUUGUCGAUCGACAUUUUCUGGUGAAGUGCAGGGUCCUAUAAAUUUGUGAGCUAGGGCAGGAGUCAAUGAGUUACCGACACGAUCAAAAUCUUUGCUCUCAGUUUACCAGCCCAAUGGUGAUUUAUCGUAUUAGAAGACUGCUUGUCUGCUAUUGUGGUUGUUUUGAAUUUAAUUAAACGUUCUUUCUUGGGUUUUGUAAUUACUGAAAACAUUUGGUAUCUCGAGGCUGAAUUGCAGACUGACAGUAAGGUCAUAUAUGUGAUGACUCAAUGCAAUCAUAACUGAUAUUAAGGUGAAUUGGAAAAUUUCAAUUAGACAUAAAUUUUCUUCACUGGGAAGGCAUGUCAGCUUGAAAUAAGAGCCACAGAUUAAUGUAUUUCACAUAGCUUUUGUGUCGUGUUUGUGCAUACUAAAUGUGAUCGGAAUCCUGAUCCUUGAUAAGAGGCAUUCUGUGAUUAUUUCUGUCCCAUUUACGGUACAACAAAUAUGAACAUAAAAUGCUAGAUGCAAUGCUCAGUAUUCUACAUUGCGAAAACCAAUUCGGGUAUUUAUAGUUUUCUUGCAAUAAAAACACCAUCGGCUGAGAACGUUGAUAUACUGCAGAAUACAACACAUCAAUUGACAACAGUCCCCUAAAUUACAUAAGCCGAUUGUUGCCAAGUUUUCAGGAUAGUGUAUUGUAGGACUUUGUCGUUUACGACUGGAUCUCGUGGCGUGUGUGAUAUUUGUUUGCAGUUUUGCUUUUCCUCUUUUCUUAUUUGCUAUAAAAACAAGCAGGUCUUGUUUAAGGAAAUGGAUUUGGCACGAAGAUGGAUUUUCACGUUUUCCUAAUAGGAUUCCCCUCCUAAGGGACAUUUGCGAAAGGAUGUGUGAGAAUACUCUACAUGUUCUGUCUCAAUAAAAGAAGGAUAUAUAGUACCAACACGUACACUUAAAAAGUGGUAUAAGGAUUCAAGAGGCCGGUUUUAUAUACACCGGUGCAGUUUGUAUCGUCGAUGGUGGUUUAAUCACUCGGUGAUUAUCUGAAUGCGUCAGAGAAGGUGUUUGGAGCCCAAGAACAAGACUUGUGACAGCCUUGAUGUAUGAGAACUCUUAGGUGACCACUUGACCAGUCCGGAAAGCCAUUCCGAGUACAAGCUAUUCCACAUAUGCCUCAUCAGCAGUGGUCAAUUGUAUGUAAAUGGAUGUACAUUGUCCCUUCUAUCUUAUGCUACAUCACCAGUACGGGAUAAUUACGUACAACUUAAUGGUAGAUGCCAGGGAGUGGACAGUUUCAUUGCAGGCAAAUGUGAAUCAAGUGUGAAGCAGCAGGAAUGAAUAAUCACCCAUAGUAUCGAUAAUUUAAAAUGGACAUCCGUUAAGCAAGAAUAAUCCAUUAUCGGAAAUCGUCAAACUGGUAAUUUAAAUCGUACCUAAGAGAUUUUAAAGCCAGCGGUCUACUUAGUUUGUGCUAGCCUACCCCUGUAUACUUGUACAGAUGUCAAAGGAGCUGAUCUUCAUUACGUGUGUCUGUGGCCGUACCAAACCCCCAGUGAUCUUUGAGUUUGUGUGUUACACCGUUCUGCCAUUAUCAUCACGGAUCAUUGUACCGCGGGGGACGACUGGGCAGUGAAUCAACACUCCUCACCCUUGCCUUGCAACUAAUUACGCUACUGUCUAUGCAUUCAGGAAAUCGAGGAAAAUGUAAUGAAGGCUUGCCAGUGAUGUGUUUUAAACAGCCAAGCUGAUUUUCUGGAUGAUUUCUUUUCUGUUUAUAAAAGUGCCGUCUUUGGAUUACAAUGUUAGAUUCUGUUUCUCAAGCGUCCGCCACCCUCUUCAUGACCGUAUGUCUGUGGGCAGUUGGGAGGACGGAUCCUGAAAUCCGAGUCAUCGAGCCUGAAUUUAAUGAUGUUCCAGAGAGUCUAACGUAUAGUAAAGGAGAAACAGCCAGAUUAUUUUGCUCUGUAAGCAAUCUUGGAGAACGAACGAUUGUGUGGAGGAAGGUACCAAAUCCUCAUCCUGUUACAAUUGGAACACGAACUUGGACAGAAGAUAUGAGGUUUCAUGUUGACCAUGUACCGAUGAGUAACCAGUGGAACCUAAUGAUAGAAAACGUCACCCCAGAUGACACGGGGAAAUACGAGUGCCAAAUAAGCAUGAGGAAGAAAAAACUUAGACAACAUAUAUAUCUUAAAGUAAAAGAUGUUCCAGUGAAAAGACAUCCAGAUAUACAUAUCAGUGGAACAUCGUACGUUGAAAAGGGAGACCACAUUGGUUUAUUUUGUAACGCAAGUUUCGUUGGAAGUUCUUCUUAUAACUUGGAGUGGAUAAAGGAUGGUGACGUGUUUCUGUCACAUGAACCUCGAAUAUCAGUGUUGACUUUUGGUGGCCCUCCGAGUGAACGGAGGAGCAGUUUACUGGAAAUAAGGAAUUCCAGACCUUCAGAUUCCGGGACAUACGUGUGUCGUUCGCCUGAAAUGCUGAAAACAACAUCUGUCCAAGUUCACGUUAUGAAUGCAGGCUCAAAUAACGUGAAAAGAGCCGGAUCGAUGGGGCUGGAGAGUCGCGCCGUUGGUCUUCUUCCUCGAGAUCUCUACCUUCUCCUCAGCUUCAUCUCAAUUUUAAAUUCCCACUGGAUUUUAUCCUGAGGCUUUCUCGUACUCACUUUGGCAAAGAGCACUUUGCCAGGGAGGGAUCCUCCUUAACAUUUAUUGGUUCAACACGGGUACACAUACAAACUACUGAUAACUGUCAUGCAAAUAACAAAACAGCUGGAUUGUACACUGUGCAUGUUAUGUUGACAAGGAGACGAACGAUUGCAGAUAAAGAAGUUGAGUUAUCUCCUCUUGAUCCUUGGGACACUACUCACAGUGGUGCGAAGAGUGGAUGAUAUUGGAAAAGUGUGAAUGAUGGAAACAUACUGUGAAGUAUUCACAGUUAAAAAGUGUCUGUAUAUCGGCGUCUUAGUUCUUGAUAGUGAAACUGAAUGUCUUCAAAGAUAGAUAACAUUUUUUGACUACACAUAAAUGCCAGAUUGUUGAUCACCACAUGCUAUUUUACGAAUACAUAUUUCGUAUCAUGUCAAUAUCUUGAGGCAGCGAAAUAAAGUGGUAACAGUGCACCAUCUCCAAAUAAUCAAAUACUGCUCUACAUGAUAUUACAUACACCUCAAGCUAAACCAGAAGAGAAAAAAAAGCACCUCUAUUUGUUGCUACAUUUUCUUAAAAAUAGAAACGUGUUCGUGAGCAAAGAUGAAGAAAGGUAUCAGUACUUAUUUCAUUUCACAAAUGUCAUUUGAUUCUAUGACUGACGUUAGAGUUGUUGUAAUAACUACUCGUGGUGGUGGAUCAAGGAAUAAAUGAACAGAGCCAGACAGAAGAAAGUAAAACUCCAGGGUCCCAACCAUUGAUUGUACUUGUGCAGUGGGACACCGUCGGGAGGGCCUUAUAGAGAUUACCAUGGAACCACAUCUAUGCAUUUACAUGUACACUGGUGAUACAAAUUGCUUUUAUUGAUCCAAGAAUAUAGUUACUACACCGAGUGUCAGGUCUUUGUCUGAAUUUGCAUCGAAACACAAGGACUAAGGGAUGGAACACAACCCUCUGUUCAUUUUCGGGAUUUCUAACAUGGAACAUUUUUCGUGGAUGUUUUCCAAUGACCCAUUGCUUUAAUGCAGGGUCAGCGUUAUUUACAUUAUAGCGCUCUGAGGAAUCGUUAGGUGCCAGAAAGUCAUGCGUUGGUCACCGUUUCAAACACUGGCAUAAUGCCAAGACGUGCUUAAAGAGAACGUUUGCCUAUUUAGGCACUUUUGUGUGAAGUUUUAUGAGUGUUGAAUAUUCAUACAAACGGACUCUCAUAUAUUUUCUAUGACAUCAGUCUGUACUGCUAAUACUGUUCAUCAUGAGAAAGAUUUCCGAGAUGAUGAGUUUUGAUAUACAUUUGUCAAAGUUGUGUGUAUUCAGCAUUGAGAUAUAAAAUGUUUAUAUUGGUCAUAUACAUUGUAUAUAAAUGAAACUCAUCUGUUAUACAGGAAUCAUGUUCAUGCCAUUUUACAUCAGUUGCGUAAGAUUCAUUGUCAUAUUCUUCGAUAUGGACGUUAACGCACAUAUCGUCAUUACGGAAGGAAAAAUCCCCAUCGAGUGUCAUGCGACCAACAGCAGGGCAACGCAAUCAUCAUUAUGUUAUAAAAUGUUGCCUAAGCACAUUGGUUGUAUCAUAUGAGGACGAUGAUGUCUAAACGAGGUAUCUCGUUGGAAUUUUCUUUGUGAUCCACCUGCAGUUUACGACAUGCGUGUGCAUGUAUACUCCGAAAUCCCAUAGGUUAUUGCAGCCUGCAGCUUAUUUUUAAUUUCACCUAUUUACAAAACUUCAGAUAUGGUAUCUACUACUACUGAUGUAAUUAAUAUUGUAACUGAUGACUGUAUACGUCAUCGAUGCAGUACAAAACAAAUCCCUGCUAAACACAAUUCUUUUCUUUGAAGCGAAGUAAGGUUCGUUGUUGUAUUCUGUAAUGAAACAAUUAAUUGUGGAUAUUCAGAAUCAUUUAAAUGAAUUGGUUGGAAUUCAUAUUGAUACAGAAUAGAAGUUAAACUUAAAAAGACAACACUUGCGCUUUUGACAUUUUAUACUGACAAGCAGUAAACUAUCUAGUAGUGAUUGUGUUUUUAAACUGAUGUUUACGUUCAGUUUCUAGAUAUGAUGCCUAUAUCAGAACCUGUACACGUUCGUUUCAGUACGCAACAAACAAGGUGAAAUUAGAUGUUAUCCGAUCAUGAUGAAUAAGAGCAGGUACGAGUCACAAUGUCGGUUAAAGCAUCAAACAUCAAAUCCGAAAGAACCCAGGGAUUGUUUUAUAGACCAUAACCUGCCAUGGAGACUCAUACUGAGAUUCUGUGUCACGAAAUAUUGAUAUCUGUUGCAAGUUAUUUAUGUGAAAUGAGAUGCAGUAAGCGAUUGAUCAGAAACACUGCUUAGAUUAAUGUUAAAGUAUUCUAGAAAAUGUAUCUUAAUACUAUUCCUUUGAACUUUCUGGACCUAAAGGUUGUGUGUCGACAUAAUCAAAUCCGGUAUCUAAAAUCUUUCGAAUAUGGUCAUUAAAUUUGUCAAACAAUCAAACUUAAUAGAUUGAAUAUUUUAGAGAAUAAAACCAAUUUCUAUAUGAA